AUGCGCGAGAGAGACGGGAAGAGACGUCGCGCGAGAGCUUCCAAAUUCGCCCGCGCGCUGCGCGCCUGGUACGUCGCCCUUCACGCUCGCGCCCGCGUCUUCGCCUCGCCCCGAAGACGCACGUCGCUGUUACCAAAGGUCGAGGACGUCGCGGAAGCGCCGCGCGCGUCGACGGAGGCGAGCGACUCGGACGUGGAGAUUGUCUGCGAGACGACGGCUUCGACGGCUUCGACGACGCUCGGGAGACACUUGCGCGCGCUCGGUCUGCGUCGAAGAGGGGUCGUCCCGGAUGGGAACUGUUGUUUUCGAUCGAUCGAGGCGGGGGCGCGAACGCUCGAGGUCGGGCGGUGGGGGAUCGCCGGGACGUCGUGGGCGGACGUCCGCGCCGCGUGUUGCGACGGGUUAGCCGAGGCGAUGCGACGGACGCGACCGGGGAGCGAUGAGCGUCGAGCGCUGUUUGAAUUGGUGUUGCACGGGAAUGAGGGACGCGGGUACUUGCGUCGCGGACGGUUGCGACGAGCGAGCGACGAGGAGCGGUUCGCAAAGUAUCUGAAGACGAUGCGGGCGAACGCGGCGACGUACGCGAACACCAGUCGUUGGUCGAGAUACUGGGGGAGCGACGCCGAGGUCACGGUCAUUUCACAACUCGCCAAGACGGCGAUCGUGUGCGCGGAGACCUCGAGCGACGCUCGAGGUGCGAACGAGCCGGCGUCGUUUUGUGUCGCCGUCCCGGAUUUGGAAAACACCUCCAUCACCGCUGCGAGAUACUACGCCUCCGGCGCACUCGAUGCUAGCGAAGGUACUGUCACCUGGAUGUCGUCCCGACGAGACGUCUCGUACGUUCUUCGCGCCGUGGACGCCGAUGACGAUCGAUUCCGCGCGCAGAUGCGUCGUCACCCGUCCGCGGGCAUCGCUCGCGUCCCCGCGAUAGCCAUCCGACACCAUCCCGGCCACUUCGAGGCGCUCGUGUGCGACGAUAACAAAUGCCUCGUCGUCGACAUCGUUCGCAGAAGGCGCGAGCGCUCGAGACGGUAG